AUGGCAGCCUGUGAUCAGCUGGCUCUCGGUGUGGCCGCCGUGUUCGGCCCGUCCCACAGUUCUUCAGUGAGUGCAGUCCAGUCCAUCUGCAAUGCUCUGGAGGUUCCUCACAUCCAGACCCGCUGGAAACACCCAUCUGUGGACAACAAGGACAGUUUCUACAUCAACCUGUACCCAGAUUACGCCUCCAUCAGCCGCGCCGUGCUCGACAUCGUGCAGUUCUACAAAUGGAAAGCAGUGACGGUGGUGUACGAGGACGCAACAGGGCUAAUUCGUCUUCAGGAGUUGAUCAAGGCUCCGUCACGCUACAGCAUCAAGAUCAAAAUCCGACAGUUACCGAUGGGAAGUAAAGAUGCUCGGCCACUUCUUAAAGAAAUGAAGAAGGGGAAAGAGUUUUGUGUCAUCUUUGACUGCUCAUACCAGACUGCUGCAGACGUCCUCAAACAG